AGACGCGUCUUUCCCGCUGCAGGGGGUUCCCCGCCUCUGCAUGGGGCGCCGCUGGGGCUGCGCCUCUCCCACUUUUUUGUAAUGGCCCACGUGUUUUUAUUUGCCUUUCUUAGUUACUUGAGGGUCAUCAGCCCUGUGAGACUGAAAAGCCUGCUAUUCGCUGCCAGGGAGACGGCUUAGAGCACAUUUUGCUACCGUUUGGGGGGACGGUUACCCUCUAAUGCCACCCCCUGGUGCAGGACAACAACCUGGCCUUAAAUGCUGGUGCCCAAGCUCCAGCUUCGGCUCAGUUUCUUUUACUUUACCCUCUGCUCCUGAAACACCUGUGCAUUCCCCUUGUUCUCAUCAUUUUAUUUUUUUAAAGGUUUAUUUAUGCAUACAAGAGAUGGGGUGCAGGCAAGAGAUGCAGGGGGUGAGAGGACUCACCAGAGACAGAGGAGGGAAUGGAACAGGCAGAUGACCAAAGUACACUGCUGAGGGAAGCAGUGGGGGAGACAGGAGAGGUCUGCUGCGCCGUGUGGGUAGCUCCCUGGCCGGCCGGGGAUCGAAUUUGUGCUGCAGGGGCUGCGGAUUGCUUCAUAGUGUGGUGCUUAACCCCUAGCACCACCAGGGAGGCCCUGUUCUCAUCAUUUUAUAGACAGGAUACUCAGACCUGUAACUGUACCCCCACUCUUACAGAGCCGCAAACCUCUGGCAUACUCAGGUCCUGAACAUUUCCAAUGGGCUGGCUGUCCCCCAGGCGCUGCAAAUUUCAGAAAUCGCAAACCAAGCCCAUCAUCUUCUCUCCUGAAAUGGCAUCUCUUUAUUUUCUGUUACUAGUCACAGUGAAUAGAACCCAGUUGCUGGCUUCAGAAACUUGUGCUUCACCCGUGACUGCAGUGACCACCAGUUCAUUCAUUCUUCCUUCCUGUGGCCCAGGGUUCUUUCUCUCUGUACUUGCUGCAGCUUCUUUGACAGUCCUUUUAAAGCUGAUGUUUGCAUCUAGCACUACUCUGAUCCUUUCUCCGACAGCUGCCAGAAGUGUCAUGGAAAAACUGCAGCUUGGCCCAGAGGUUCUGCACAAGGAAAAUCCAAAACUUAUCUAUGCCAGGCUGAGUGGAUUUGGGCAAUCAGGAAAAUUCGCUGAGAGAGCAGGCCAUGACAUCAACUAUUUGGCUUUGUCAGGAGUACUGUCCAGACUUGGCAGAAGUGGUGAGAAUCCCUGUGCCCCAGUGAAUCUCUUGGCUGACUUUGGUGGCGGUGGACUCAUGUGCGCCCUGGGCAUCGUGCUGGCUCUCUUCGAACGCACACGUUCUGGCAAAGGGCAGGUCAUUGAUGCAAACAUGGUGGAAGGGGCAGCAUAUCUAAGUUCUUUUCUGUGGAAAACUCAAGGAACAGGUCUGUGGGAAAAGCCCCGAGGACAGAACUUGCUAGAUGGUGGUGCGCCUUUCUAUACAACCUAUAGGACAGCAGAUGGGGAGUUCAUGGCUGUUGGAGCAAUCGAGCCCCAGUUCUACAAGCUGUUCAUCAAAGGACUUGGGCUAAAGUCUGAUGAACUUCCCAAUCAGAUGAGUAUAACUGAUUGGCCAGAAAUGAAGAAGAAAUUUGCAGAAGUAUUUGCAAAGAAGACAAAAGCAGAGUGGUGUCAGAUCUUUGAUGACACAGAUGCAUGCGUGACUCCAGUUCUGACUUUUGAAGAGGUUACCCAUCACGGUCAUAACAAAGAUCGGGGCUCAUUUAUCACGGAUCUGAAGUUGGGCACAAGUCCUCGCCCUGCACCCCUGCUGUCUAACACACCAGCUACCCCUUCUUCCAAGAGGGAUCCUUUUGUAGGAGAACACAGUGAAGAGAUACUUAAAGAGUUUGGGUUCAGCCAGCCAGAGGUUGACGAGCUUAUGUCAGAUAAAAUUAUUGAAAGUCAAAAACCAAUGGCUCGUCUCUAACCAAUGGCUCAGCUCAAGUGAAUUUGAACAUUGCAUUUAUAGUCUAGAAUAAUACAUACCAGUGUAUCUGUGGAAACUUGAACCAGUAUCAUAGUGAUCUACUUCUUCUAAUUAAGAAACAAGACUCUGAUUCUGAUUGUACAGUAAUGAUUGAAUUCUGAAAAUAGCUUUGGACUGUUUUCAAUUUAUACUACAUUAUGUCAAUUUUCUACCUUCCAACUUGAGAGAUUAUAUUUGACAUCAAAUUACAUAAAUAUUUAUAAUAUACUUUAA